UGAGAGUUAGAGCAAGGUCUGAGGCUGCAGACGCCGGGUGACAGGAUCCACGGACUCUCUGCCAUGUACUGGGGGGACACUACAGCCUGAUUGGGUGACCAAGUCCUGGAGAUGGGGGCUGGGACGCCUCCUGUGCUGCAGCUCCUGCUCAUCCUCACAGCACUGCUCUUACCUAAGGUGGUGUCCUCUUGUGAUGAAAUACCUGAAUGCCAAACAAUCAGCGUCCAGGUGUCGACCUUCCAGAUAUCGGUCACUGGACUGGCGGAGGGAUUCUUCCUGCAGAAUAUAACUGAUAUAGAUGGGAACAUAAUUCGAGCGUCUGAUAACAGCUUGAAUAACACGUCACUUAUGAGCCUUCGGUCUGGUACACGGUAUGUGAUCCGCUAUGGGAACGACUCAACCAGCUGCUGCCGCAAUGUCACCACCGAGCCAAUGUCAGUGAAAUCUCUGCAAAUAAGUAACACAACCUCAUCUUCUGUGUCUCUGACUUGGAGUAAACCUGAUGGAAAUCAGACGUCUUACAGCUACAGAGUCCAGACCAAUCUCACCUCAUUAUCAGUAAUUAUAAACGAUACAAUAGUGAGAAGUGAAUCAGCGACAAUAAUGAAUCUGACGGCAGGAGAAACAUAUACAUUCAUGGUGUAUACGAGAGCUGCCGAUGACAUCACUGAAUCAGACCCGGUGUCACUAACUACCUGCACAGUUCCCGGACAAGUUUCCAGCCUGUCACUGACCAAUUACAAGUCGGUUGAUUUUCUUGGAGCCACAUGGACAAGACCAGCAGGAAAAGUGGAUAAUUAUACCGUCAGCUUAACAGGAGCCGUGAAAAAGACAAUACCAGCUAGUACUACACAAGUGAAUUUCACAGGAUUACUGCCCGGCAGAGAAUAUACAGUCACCGUACAGACAGUCAGUGGGAGCUACAGCCAGAUGUCUGCUCCAGUGACAGAGGCCACAUAUCCAACCAGUCCUGCAAAUUUGGCCUCAAAUGCAGUAGAUACAACCAACCUGACAUUAUCUUGGUCAGAGCCUAUAAAUAUGACUGAUGUGAAUAAGUCCUACAAUAUAAGCUAUGGGAAUUUUUCAGGCACUUGGACUAAGACAAGUAGUACAACAAAUGUCACCCUUCAGAACCUGACAUCAGGGACUAAUUACAGCAUUACUGUGGUCACAGUCGGAGUCCGGGGGUAUCAGAGUUCACCUGUGAGCACAUCUGUCUAUACAAAACCGAUGUCGAUAAAUUCUCUGGAGAUCAGUAAUGUGACCUCGUCUUCUGUGUCUCUGACGUGGAGUAAACCUGAUGAGUAUCAGACGUCUUACAGCUACAGAGUCCAGACCAAUGUCACCUCAUCAUCAGUAAUGAUAAAUGAUACAACAGUGAGAAGUGAAUCAGCGACAAUAAUGAAUCUGACGGCAGGAGAAACAUAUACAUUCAUGGUGUAUACGAGAGCUGCCGUUGACAUCACUGAAUCAAACCCGGUGUCACUAUCCACCUGCACAGUUCCUGGACAAGUUUCCAAUCUCUCACUGAGCAAUUCCAAGUCAGUUGAUUUUCUUGGAGCCACAUGGACAAACCCAGCAGGAAAAGUGGAUAAUUAUACCAUCAGUCUAACAGGAGCCGUGAAUAAGACUGUAUCCACUAAUAUUACACAAGUAAAUUUCACAGGAUUACUGCCCGGAAGAGAAUAUACAGUCACCGUACAGACAGUCAGUGGGAGCUGCAGCCAGAUGUCUGCUCCAGUGACAGAGGCCACAUAUCCAACUGAACCUGGAAAGUUAUCCUUUAUCAGCAUCGGAACUAAGAAUCUGACAUUAUCUUGGACAGAGCCAGUAAAUAUGAUCGGUGUGACUAAGUCAUAUAAUAUAAGCUAUGGGAUGUUCCCAUCAACUAACAUAAUUGUGACGAGCAACGCAACAAAUGUCACCCUUCAGAAGCUGACCUCAGGGACUAAUUACAGCAUCACCGUGGUCACAGUCGGAGUCCGGGGGUAUCCGAGUUCACCUGUCAGCACAUCUGUCUAUACAAAACCAAUGUCGGUAAAUUCUCUGGAGAUCAGUAAUGUGACCUCGUCUUCUGCGUCUCUGACAUGGAGUAAACCUGAUGAGUAUCAGACGUCUUACAGCUACAGAGUCCAGACCAAUCUCACCUCAUCAUCAGUAAUGAUAAACGAUACAACAGUGAGAAGUGAAUCAGCGACAAUAAUGAAUCUGACGGCAGGAGAAACAUAUACAUUUAUGGUGUAUACGAGAGCUGCCGAUGACAUCACUGAAUCAGACCCGGUGUCACUAUCUACCUGUACAGUUCCUGGACAAGUUUCCAGCCUCUCACUGACCAAUUACAAGUCGGUUGAUUUUCUUGGAGCCACAUGGACAAAACCAGCAGGAAAAGUGGAUAAUUAUACCGUCAGUCUAACAGGAGCCGUUAAUAAGACAAUACCAGCUAGUACUACACAAGUGAAUUUCACAGGAUUACUGCCCGGAAGAGAAUAUACAGUCACUGUACAGACAGUCAGUGGGAGCUGCAGCCAGAUGUCUGCUCCAGUGACAGAGGCCACAUAUCCAACUGAACCUGGAAAGUUAUCCUUUAUCAGCAUCGGAACUAAGAAUCUGACCUUAUCUUGGACAGAGCCAGUAAAUAUGAUCGGUGUGACUAAGUCAUAUAAUAUAAGCUAUGGGAUGUUCCCAUCAACUAACAUAAUUGUGACGAGCAGCGCAACAAAUGUCACCCUUCAGAAGCUGACCUCAGGGACUAAUUACAGCAUUACUGUGGUCACAGUCGGAGUCCGGGGGUAUCCGAGUUCGCCUGUCAGCACAUCUGUCUAUACAAAACCAAUGUCGGUAAAUUCUCCGCAGAUCAGUAAUGUGACCUCGUCUUCUGUGUCUCUGACAUGGAGUAAACCUGAUGAGUAUCAGACGUCUUACAGCUACAGAGUCCAUACCAAUCUCACCUCAUCAUCAGUAAUGAUAAACGAUACAAUAGUGAGAAGUGAAUCAGCGACAAUAAUGAAUCUGACGGCAGGAGAAACCUAUACAUUCAUGGUGUAUACGAGAGCUGCCGAUGACAUCACUGAAUCAGAGCCGGUGUCACUAUCUACCUGCACAGUUCCUGGACAAGUUUCCAGCCUCUCACUGACCAAUUACAAGUCGGUUGAUUUUCUUGGAGCCACAUGGACAAAACCAGCAGGAAAAGUGGAUAAUUAUACCGUCAGCCUAACAGGAGCCGUGAAUAAGACAACAGCAACUAGUACUACACAAGUGAAUUUCACAGGAUUACUGCCCGGAAGAGAAUAUACAGUCACUGUACAGACAGUCAGUGGGAGCUGCAGCCAGAUGUCUGCUCCAGUGACAGAGGCCACAUAUCCAACUGAACCUGGAAAGUUAUCCUUUAUCAGCAUCGGAACUAAGAAUCUGACGUUUUCUUGGACAGAGCCAGUAAAUAUGAUCGGUGUGACUAAGUCAUAUAAUAUAAGCUAUGGGAUGUUCCCAUCAACUAAUAUAACUGUGACGAGCAACACAACAAAUGUCACCCUUCAGAAGCUGAUCUCAGGGACUAAUUACAGCAUUACAUUGGUCACAGUCGGAGUCCGGGAGUAUCCGAGUUCACCUGUCAGCACAUCUGUCUAUACAAAACCAAUGUCUGUAAAUUCUCCGCAGAUCGGUAGUGUGACCUCGUCUUCUGUGUCUCUGACGUGGAGUAAACCUGAUGAGUAUCAGACGUCUUACAGCUACAGAGUCCAGACCAAUCUCACCUCAUCAUCAGUAAUGAUAAAUGAUACAAAAGUGAGAAGUGAAUCAGUGACAAUAAUGAAUCUGACGUCAGGAGAAACCUAUACAUUCAUGGUGUAUACGAGAGCUGCCGAUGACAUCACUGAAUCAGACCCGGUGUCACGAUCUACCUGUACAGUUCCUGGACAAGUUUCCAGCCUCUCACUGACCAAUUACAAGUCGGUUGAUUUUCUUGGAGCCACAUGGACAAAACCAGCAGGAAAAGUGGAUAAUCAUACCGUCAGUCUAACAGGACCCGUGAAUAAGACAAUACCAGCUAGUACUACACAAGUGACUUUCACAGGAUUACUACCCGGAAGAGAAUAUACAGUCACCGUACAGACAGUCAGUGGGAGCUGCAGCCAGAUGUCUUCUCCAGUGACAGAGGCCACAUAUCCAACUGAACCUGGAAAGUUAUCCUUUAUCAGCAUCGGAACUAAGAAUCUGACCUUAUCUUGGACAGAGCCAGUAAAUAUGAUCGGUGUGACUAAGUCAUUUAAUAUAAGCUAUGGGAUGUUCCCAUCAACUAACAUAACUGUGACCAGCAACGCAACAAAUGUCACCCUUCAGAAGCUGAUCUCAGGGACUAAUUACAGCAUUACUGUGGUCACAGUCGGAGUCCGGGGGUAUCCGAGUUCACCUGUCAGCACAUCUGUCUAUACAAAACCGAUGUCGUUAAAUUCUCCACAGAUCAGUGAUGUGACCUCGUCUUCUGUGUCUCUGACGUGGAGUAAACCUGAUGAGUAUCAGACGUCUUUCAGCUACAGAGUCCAGACCAAUCUUAUUCUCACCUCAUCAUCAGUAAUGAUAAAUGAUACAAUAGUGAGAAGUGAAUCAGCAACAAUAGUGAAUUUGACGGCAGGAGAAACAUAUACAUUCAUGGUGUAUACGAGAGCUGCCGAUGGCAUCACUGAAUCAGACCCAGUGUCACGAUCUACCUGUACAGUUCCUGGACAAGUUUCCAGCCUCUCACUGACCAAUUACAAGUCGGUUGAUUUUCUUGGAGCCACAUGGACAAAACCAGCAGGAAAAGUGGAUAAUUAUACCGUCAGUCUAACAGGAGCCGGGAAUAAGACAAUACCAGCUAGUACUACACAAGUGACUUUCACAGGAUUACUGCCCGGAAGAGAAUAUACAGUCACCGUACAGACAGUCAGUGGGAGCUGCAGCCAGAUGUCUGCUCCAGUGACAGAGGCCACAUAUCCAACUGAACCUGGAAAGUUAUCCUUUAUCAGCAUCGGAACUAAGAAUCUGACAUUAUCUUGGACAGAGCCAGUAAAUAUGACCGGUGUGACUAAGUCAUAUAAUAUAAGCUAUGGGAUGUUCCCAUCAACUAACAUAAUUGUGACGAGCAACGCAACAAAUGUCCCCCUUCAGAAGCUGACCUCAGGGACUAAUUACAGCAUUACUGUGGUCACAGUCGGAGUCCGGGGGUAUCCGAGUUCUCCUGUCAGCGCAUCUGUCUAUACAAAACCGAUGUCGGUAAAUUCUCCGCAGAUCAGUAAUGUGACCUCGUCUUCUGUGUCUCUGACGUGGAGUAAACCUGAUGAGUAUCAGACGUCUUACAGCUACAGAGUCCAGACCAAUCUCAUUCUCACCUCAUCAUCAGUAAUGAUAAAUAAUACAAUAGUGAGAAGUGAAUCAGCGACAAUAAUGAAUUUGACGGCAGGAGAAACAUAUACAUUCAUGGUGUAUACGAGAGCUGCUGAUGGCAUCACUGAAUCAGACCCGGUGUCACUAUCCACCUGCACAGUUCCUGGACAAGUUUCCAGCCUCUCACUGACCAAUUACAAGUCGGUUGAUUUUCUUGGAGCCACAUGGACAAAACCAGCAGGAAAAGUGGAUAAUUAUACCGUCAGUCUAACAGGAGCCGUGAAUAAGACAACAGCAACUAGUACUACACAAGUGAAUUUCACAGGAUUACUGCCCGGAAGAGAAUAUACAGUCACUGUACAGACAGUCAGUGGGAGCUGCAGCCAGAUGUCUGCUCCAGUGACAGAGGCCACAUAUCCAACUGAACCUGGAAAGUUAUCCUUUAUCAGCAUCGGAACUAAGAAUCUGACAUUAUCUUGGACAGAGCCAGUAAAUAUGAUCGGUGUGACUAAGUCAUAUAAUAUAAGCUAUGGGAUGUUCCCAUCAACUAACAUAAUUGUGACGAGCAACGCCACAAAUGUCACCCUUCAGAAGCUGACCUCAGGGACUAAUUAUAGCAUUACUGUGGUCACAGUCGGAGUCCGGGGGUAUCCGAGUUCACCUGUCAGCACAUCUGUCUAUACAAAACCGAUGUCGGUAAAUUCUCCGCAGAUCAGUAAUGUGACCUCGUCUUCUGUGUCUCUGACGUGGAGUAAACCUGAUGAGUAUCAGACGUCUUACAGCUACAGAGUCCAGACCAAUCUCAUUCUCACCUCAUCAUCAGUAAUGAUAAAUAAUACAAUAGUGAGAAGUGAAUCAGCGACAAUAAUGAAUUUGACGGCAGGAGAAACAUAUACAUUCAUGGUGUAUACGAGAGCUGCCGAUGGCAUCACUGAAUCAGACCCGGUGUCACUAUCCACCUGCACAGUUCCUGGACAAGUUUCCAGCCUCUCACUGACCAAUUACAAGUCGGUUGAUUUUCUUGGAGCCACAUGGACAAAACCAGCAGGAAAAGUGGAUAAUUAUACCGUCAGUCUAACAGGAGCCGUGAAUAAGACAACAGCAACUAGUACUACACAAGUGAAUUUCACAGGAUUACUGCCCGGAAGAGAAUAUACAGUCACCGUACAGACAGUCAGUGGGAGCUGCAGCCAGAUGUCUGCUCCAGUGACAGAGGCCACAUAUCCAACCCAACCUGGAAAGUUAUCCUUUAUCAGCAUCGGAACUAAGAAUCUGACGUUAUCCUGGACAGAGCCAGUAAAUAUGACCGGUGUGACUAAGUCAUAUAAUAUAAGCUAUGGGAUGUUCCCAUCAACUAACAUAACUGUGACCAGCAACGCAACAAAUGUCACCCUUCAGAAGCUGACCUCAGGGACUAAUUACAGCAUCACCGUGGUCACAGUCGGAGUCCGGGGGUAUCCGAGUUCACCUGUCAGCACAUCUGUCUAUACAAAACCGAUGUCGGUAAAUUCUCCGCAGAUCAGUGAUGUGACCUCGUCUUCUGUGUCUCUAACGUGGAGUAAACCUGAUGAGUAUCAGACGUCUUACAGCUACAGAGUCCAGACCAAUCUCACCUCAUCAUCAGUAAUGAUAAAUGAUACAAUAGUGAGAAGUGAAUCAGUGACAAUAAUGAAUCUGACGUCAGGAGAAACAUAUACAUUCAUGGUGUAUACGAGAGCUGCCGAUGACAUCACUGAAUCAGACCCGGUGUCACGAUCUACCUGUACAGUUCCUGGACAAGUUUCCAACCUCUCACUGACCAAUUCCAAGUCAGUUGAUUUUCUUGGAGCCACAUGGACAAAACCAGCAGGAAAAGUGGAUAAUUAUACCGUCAGUCUAACAGGAGCCGGGAAUAAGACAAUACCAGCUAGUACUACACAAGUGAAUUUCACAGGAUUACUGCCCGGAAGAGAAUAUACAGUCACUGUACAGACAGUCAGUGGGAGCUGCAGCCAGAUGUCUGCUCCAGUGACAGAGGCCACAUAUCCAACUGAACCUGGAAAGUUAUCCUUUAUCAGCAUCGGAACUAAGAAUCUGACGUUAUCUUGGACAGAGCCAGUAAAUAUGACCGAUGUGACUAAGUCAUAUAAUAUAAGCUAUGGGAUGUUCCCAUCAACUAAUAUAACUGUGACGAGCAACACAACAAAUGUCACCCUUCAGAAGCUGACCUCAGGGACUAAUUACAGCAUUACUGUAGUCACAGUCGGAGUCCGGGGGUAUCCGAGUUCUCCUGUCAGCGCAUCUGUCUAUACAAAACCGAUGUCGGUAAAUUCUCUGGAGAUCAGUAAUGUGACCUCUUCUUCUGUGUCUCUGACAUGGAGUAAACCUGAUGAGUAUCAGACGUCUUACAGCUACAGAGUCCAGACCAAUCUCCCCUCAUCAUCAGUAAUGAUAAAUGAUACAAUAGUGAGAAGUGAAUCAGCGACAAUAAUGAAUCUGACGUCAGGAGAAACCUAUACAUUCUUGGUGUAUACGAGAGCUGCUGAUGACACCACUGAAUCAGACCCGGUGUCACGAUCUAACUGUACAGUUCCUGGACAAGUUUCCAACCUCUCACUGACCAAUUCCAAGUCGGUUGAUUUUCUUGGAGCCACAUGGACAAACCCAGCAGGAAAAGUGGAUAAUUAUACCGUCGGUCUAACAGGAGCCGGGAAUAAGACAAUACCAGCUAGUACUACACAAGUGAAUUUCACAGGAUUACUACCCGGAAGAGAAUAUACAGUCACCGUACAGACAGUCAGUGGGAGCUGCAGCCAGAUGUCUGCUCCAGUGACAGAGGCCACAUAUCCAACUGAACCUGGAAAGUUAUCCUUUAUCAGCAUCGGAACUAAGAAUCUGACGUUAUCUUGGACAGAGCCAGUAAAUAUGACCGAUGUGACUAAGUCAUAUAAUAUAAGCUAUGGGAUGUUCCCAUCAACUAACAUAACUGUGACCAGCAACGCAACAAAUGUCACCCUUCUGAAGCUGACCUCAGGGACUAAUUACAGCUUUACUGUGGUCACAGUCGGAGUCCGGGGGUAUCCGAGUUCUCCUGUCAGCACAUCUGUCUAUACAAAACCGAUGUCUGUAAAUUCUCUGCAGAUCAGUGAUGUGAGCUUAUCUUCUGUGUUUCUGACGUGGAGUAAACCUGAUGAGUAUCAGACGUCUUACAGCUACAGAGUUCAGACCAAUGUCACCUCAUCAUCAGUAAUGAUAAACGAUACAAUAGUGAGAAGUGAAUCAGCGACAAUAAUAAAUCUGACGGCAGGAGAAACCUAUACAUUCAUGGUGUAUACGAGAGCUGCCGAUGACAUCACUGAAUCAGACCUGGUGUCGCACUCUACCUGCACAGUUCCAGAGGCAGCUGAAGACUUCAAUUGUACAGGUCAAUUUAAUUCAUCCUCCCUCAAUGUCACUUGGACCUGUCCAGCAGGAUUGUAUACGGGGUUUACGUUUGUAGCAACCAACACCAGCUCAGUCCACAAUUUUUAUACUACUGCGUGCAGUCUUCAGCAAACUUAUAUUAUGCAAGGGUUAAGUUUCAACACAAUCUACAGUGUCAGUUUAACAACUCGGUCUUCAUGUGGCAAAUCCAGUAGGGUGGUGCAGAAGAAUUGCUUAACCAGUAUUGGAUCACCAUCUAACCCGGAGAGUGUGACAGCUAAAAGCAACAAUCCUUCUACCUAUUACUCUUUUCCGUUAACUUUUGAUGAGUUUAAUGCUACAAAUGGACCUAUUAAAGCGUAUGCUCUGAUUGUAUCAAGUGUGAAUGGUGAUAGACCAUCUGCAAAUGAUCUGGUAAAGACCUAUAGUGAUUUCAAGAGUAAGAGCACCAAUGCAUAUGUAGCAUAUAUCAUAAAGGACGAAAAGUUACAGAGGUUGAGUCGAGCAGCUACUAGAACAGCGACUAUCGGAGAUGGCUCUGGCGAAUUACAGCCUUAUCAAAAUGGACCUCUGGAGCCUGCAUCAUCAUACUGGGUUGGCGUUGCAGGUUUUACUUCAUAUGUAGUUGAUGAAAGUGGGAGGAUUAUGCCCAGCAAAUGUUUAUUUGCAAUUUCUAAUUACCAUGGGCCUUUCCAGACAACAGUGAAUCAAGGAAUGAUUGCUGGAGCUGUAGUUGGAACUAUUCUGGGUCUUCUUGUUAUUGGUUUAAUAGCAUUUUUUAUCUGGAAGAUGAGAAGGAAAAGAGAGAAGAAACCUGAUGUCUCAAUGUUACCGUCAUUUAAAUUUUCUCACGCCAUGAGUACGGCUAGUUUUAUUAGUCAUUUUGAGAGGCAGAAAGCUGAUAGUAAUCUGGGAUUUAGUGAAGAGUAUGAGAAAUUAGCACAUGUUGGGGUUGAACAAACUAAAUCAGCAGCCGAUAAUUCAGAGAAUAGACAGAAGAACAGAUACACCAAUGUGUUACCAUAUGAUGUCUCGCGUGUUGUAUUGUCCAGUGAAGAGAAUCUCUCAGAAGACUACAUUAAUGCAAACUAUAUUCCUGGUUACAGUUCUCCGAAAGAGUUUAUUGCAGCGCAGGGUCCUCUACCAAAAACUGUCAGUGAUUUCUGGCGCAUGAUAUGGGAAAAAGAUGUUAAAGCUAUUGUCAUGCUGACCAAAUGUCUUGAACUCGGAAAGGUGAAAUGUGAGGAAUAUUGGCCCCAGAAAAGCAGCAAAGUUUAUGGUAACCUGUCUGUGUCCAUAGCGGAUGAAAAUAUUCUACCAGACUGGACAACCAGGGAUUUCAUAUUAGUAAAUAAGCAAAGCAGACAGAGUAAAAAAGUGCGGCAUUUCCACUUUACUGCCUGGCCAGACCAUGGUGUUCCCAGGACAACCAGUGAUCUGAUACAGUUUAGGAAUUUAGUCCGUGAAUACACAGCAAAUUGCUACUCAGAAAAUUCACCUAUACUGGUUCACUGCAGCGCUGGAGUGGGCAGGACGGGCACUUUUAUCGGACUUGAUCGCAUUAUAAAACAAAUUGAAACAGAAGAGCGAAUAGAUGUGUAUGGAAUAGUCUAUGAUCUCCGGAUGCAUCGGGUAUUAAUGGUGCAAACUGAAAGCCAGUACAUUUUCUUGAAUCGGUGUGCGCUGGAUAUUAUCAAGGCUCAGAAGGAAACAAAUACAGAUCUAAUUUACCGAAACACAUCAGCGCUCUAUGACAGUGUCAGUCCUUAAAUAAAAAGGUCCGACUUUUAGUCAUCAAUCAUGCACUCUUCUCAGAAGACAGGCUCUCAGGACUAGCAGCUUUACAACAAUCAACGGACCAAGAAGGGAAUAGCACUUUGAGUAACUUUAUUUUGUCUUUUUUUUGUCCAAUAUAAUGUAAGAAAUACAAUGUUACCGUUUGUUUUAUGGAUGUGCUAUUAAAAUCUUCUGGAUAGAUGUAAUACAUCUUAUACUAAAGAGAAAAGUAUGUAAUGUUUCACUAGCUAUUGCUCUAGCUAUGUAGAUAUAGGUGUAUAUAUAUGUAGCUAGCACAAGGGCUAUAUAUAUAUAUAUAUAUAUAUAUACUGUAUAUAUAUUUAAAAGUAGUAUAAAAUCCUGCAUUGUAAUAAAACUGCAUAACCAAAAUGCCUAACCCUAACCAAAUGUUAUACCAGAAGCUUAGACCAAAUUUUUAUGGUAAAUUUAUUUUAAAUAGUGUUAACUAUAUGGAAAUAUAUAUAAUAUUUUGUAUAUACUAAAUGAUGAACAUUUAUUAAAGCCUGUAUAAAAAGAAAAUAUAGGGGGCCCCCAUAGCAACCAUUACAGUCCUACAGGUUGCUGUGGGACAAACCUUUUUCCUAUGCACUAAAGUUUCUUUUGUCUUGAAUGUAAAUGAUAAAUUUGUAUCCUGUGGAGUAUACAAAAGGGAUAUUUUCCUAUAUGAAUCUGUUUUUCUUUUCUUUGUAGAGCACUGCAGUUCCAGGGAGUCUGUCUAACAAUGACACUAGCCAAUCUAUACAAACAGUGAUAUCAUUAUUGUAUCUUAAAUCCAUGGAAGGUUUAUACAGAUUUACUGGAUUUAUUUAAAGUUGCAGAAGAUUUUACUCAGGGUAUUUUUGCACUGAACUCAUGUAAUUUAUAGAAUAGAUAAGUUUAACAUUGUUGUAUAUGUACUGUAUAUAUGAGACAAAAAGGACUUUCCUAUUUUUUAUUUGUACAAAGAAGGUGCCAUUUGAGAAUUUAGCUGCUGUUACUCUUUCAGGUUGCCCCUGUGGUCUAUGAAAAAGCCACUUGAGACUUAACAGGGCCAGUUCACUUUAGUAUGUUGUACAGUACUUCAUAUUCUUAUAUUCAUUUUAUAAAACAUGGAAAACAAACAAUAUUUGCCAUUAGGGAUGAGCGAAUCGACUUCGGAUGAAACAUCCUAAGUCGUUCGCAUAAAACUUCGGUCCAAUACUGUACAGAGCGAGUGCUCCGUACAGUAUUAGAAUG